ACAACAGCGACCCUUAUAAGCUAGAUUUAUCGGUAAAGCCCAGAAAGGAGAGGACGGCGUUCACAAAACAUCAGAUCCGGGAAUUAGAGAAGGAGUUCUGUGUCCACAAUUAUCUGACGCGGUUACGGCGCUACGAGAUCGCCGUGGCCCUGGACCUUACGGAGAGACAGGUAAAAGUGUGGUUCCAAAACAGGCGGAUGAAAUGGAAACGUGUAAAAGGUACAAAGUUAGUGAAAGACAAAGUGGACGGACAACUGAAGCCAAUAAUGGCCCCUAAUAUAACAUCCACUAGUGUAUCACAGACCGAAAUGGACGACACACAAAGAAAUUCUGUUUGUGACAUGCCACCAUCUUGAAAUUUAUUUUAUAGUUUUUGUGGUUAAUCAAAAACAACGCAUCUGAUAUGUUCAUAAAUUUACGAUGUGUGUCGAGACCAGAUGGGAGUAUCAUAGUAUCGGUUUGUUUCUGAGGAACUCAAUGUGGAUUGAUGGACAAUACAUAUGAAAUGGUGGCUGCCAUUUAGAAAGAAAUGGUGAAAGAUGAGUCUGUGAUCCUGGUGAAAGAAACACCACCUAAGUGGUGUAUACAAGUCGACCAUGUCAGCAAAUAUACGCGUAGAAAUAAAUAAACAGUCUAACGAACUAGCCACUAUUUAUACAACUAUAUACUGCGCGUAUCAAAUGCACAUUUUCAGACACUGAUCGAAAUCACAGAGGCAAGCCUCGGUUUGUGUGAUGUGUGUGUCUACUGAGUGUGACGAUGAAGGUGAUUAGGUCAAAGGUCAUCUAAGUUUAAGUGACCACGUGGAGCAUGGGUUCAGUAAGUGCAAACUCAAUGAUUGUAAGGAACUGUAAAUGCAAAUGACACUGAAAUAGGAGAGUUUACCUUUACUAUAUUAGGGAAAACCUGCAAUUCAUUAAAGCAAGUCGAGCAAGCAUGGGAGGGCAAGUUUCGAUAUAACUUAUUCAUGCUAUAUUGCACGGAAGGUUUUGUGUAAGGUUACAUCGGUAGAGUCAUAUGGUCUCUAUUGUGAUAUAACCUUACGUUGGAGGAUAUCAAAACGUUAAUUUGCGGUUUAUGAGAGAAACUAAAUGACAAACAAAUGAUUAGACUGGUAAAUUAUGUAAAAAAAAUGAACAAUUCGGUCCUCAAAACGUCCUGUAGAGAGAGUACUGUCGCCUCCAUACUGAAAGGCAAUCAUUUAUGUAAUACAAGCACUGACGUCAUGUGAUAGUUAUUAAGCUACGGAAGCAAAAUGAGUCCAUAUAUCUGACGUACAUCUAUGGAUUUACAACCACACACAUUGGAAUCUGUGUACCUACAAUAUAUUUAUUUGUAUUAAAUAUAUUACAUUUCUAUUUCUGAAAGUUGACGAUGACGCGCGCUGAACCGACAGUGAUUUGCCGCAUUAUCGCGAAAAAUGAUAUAUAUCAUAUAUGUUCCUAUAGAAGGAUAGGUAAGUGAUAGGGGUCGAUGUGUGUGUUGGACGCUUUUGCAUUUGAUAUGAAAGGAUAUUUUAUUGUAUAUAUGCAGCAUUUUUGUAUGAAGAUUUAAAUAAGUCGAAACAAACUGUGGUCUGUUUCUGGAUUCUUCUUGUAACAAGUCUUAACUUUUAAAAUUUCUCAAUUGGAAAAUGCUUCAAUUUUCUUAACUUUUUAGAUGUUUGUUACAAUUAUGUUUUUAUCCCCAUAUUGGAAGAAAGCGAAACAUAUUUACAUGUACGUGUAUGAAUGAACAAUGUAUGUAUGAUAACUUGAAGCAUUGUUUUACGAUUUUGGUAUGGUAUACAUAAUUGUGACUAUAAUUUAUACAAAUGUAUCGGAGAAUUGUUUGUACAACUGUAUUAGAACAAUAUCAAAAUG